ACGCCAUAUUAAUUUGUCAACGGACGUCAAGGGAUUCUUGUCGACAGUCUGGAUACAUUUGUAUCAAAAUACCGUUAUAUCCUCAGUGCGUUAGAUUAUUUCUGCUUACGUGCCGUUCAACUUGCCUUCCGAUAUGGCGUCUGUGGAUCUUGAAAAGCGCAAGCGGGAAGAAUACGAAAUGCAGCUAUUUGACAUUCAUUCCAGAUCCUUUUAUACGACUUUAAAAGACCUAAUAUAUGAAAGCAUUCAGUCAAAUUGUGAGAAAUUAUGUAAAUCGAUCGAAACAAAUUAUAAGCUAGAUUUGAACGAUGCUGCCCUGCUUAAAGAGGAAGGAAAACAAUUAAUUGCAUUGUAUCAUCAAAAUGCACAAUCCCAUUUGGAAAUUAUAGAGAAUACUGUUAAUAAAUUUAUUAAUAUACCACGUAAUGUUUUAUUGGAUGAGGAUAAAGAGCAAGCUACUCAAUACACCAAAGAAGAAUUUUUAAAUCUUCAAAGCAGGCUAAAACAGUUGCAACAAAAAGUGAAACAUGCGACUAUGUUGAAUGCUGCGUUGAAGCAAGAAUUACAAGAAAUGACGGAGCAUAAAAUUGAUACAAAUAUGCUCCAUAAUUUAUGUGAUAUAAUCGAGGCUGGUAUAGACUUGCCAGUUGUACAUAACAAUAUGUUAAAGUUGACAGAAAAAUGGCAAGAAGUGAAUAACCAGUUAUAUCAACUCGAUUCAACUGAUACUGAAAAUAUUUACAGAUUAAAUAUUGAUAGCAGUGAGCUUAAGACAUUUGAUGAAAUGCUAUUAUAAUUAAAACUUUUAUGGCAGUGCUCAAUAUGAGCUAAACAUGGUAUAGUUGUUCUUACUGUUAGAGAUUGUAAAUACAUUUGUACAUUCCAUGAAUGUUAUUAUAUGUAUAAUAUUUUAGGUACCUUAAAAUUUUCUAAACUUUAUCAUAUGAAUUUAAUCAAAACUAUUGUAUGCUACUAGAAUCUUUGUAAUAUACGUUUAUUUGAUAAAAUUCAUCUUUUACAAA